AUGGAGAGGUAUGAAACCUCGACCCAUGGGCUUGUGCAGGCUGUCCAUGAUGGAACAUCCGAGUUGAUAUGGCCGAUGUUUCUUGCUGUCGUGGUUCUUUCAUGCAUCGCGACUCGAUUGAUCACCGGGCUUCAGAGCAGCCAGCAUGAACAAGAUCCCACAGAGCCACGGACAGCGCGGUUAGCACCUUAUUGGUUCCCCUGGAUGGGACAUGGUGUUUCCUUUCUGUGGAAUCAUGUUAAUUUGUUUACACGAUUGCGAGACUCCAUGAAUGAGCCAGUCUUUGGCGUCUAUCUGCGCGGCAUUAAGCACGAUACUGUUGUGUCCCCGUCCAUGAUAGAAAGUAUCUUGUCUUCACAAGACUCGUCAAGUGCUCCGGCACUGGAUCAGGCUCUGCAGAAUGUCUUUGGCGACCGCACCCUUGUGCGAAAUCUCAAUAUGGACCACAACCGAGAGAUCAGUGACGACGUCCCUUCCAUCCUCAACCGGGGCCCAUUCGUGAGCGAAGCUUCAGCUGCCUUUGUUCGUUUGGCUCAACAAAACACCCCGAAUCUGGUGAGUUUUUGUCGAAGUCCCGUGGACCAGGCCCCCUGGGAACGGAGUGGCCUAGUGAAAUUGCCUGAGACUGGCGAUCAGUCAAUUUGUGAGGUCAAUCUCCUUGCGCUUGUGAGAGGGUUUGUUGGUCAUAUCACUACGACCUUUUUGAUGGGCGAGGCUUUUGUGGAAGCUUUCCCGGGCGCGCUUGAAAACCUUUGGACCUUGGACAAUAACUUUGUGACUUUGUUCGUAGGGACGCCUCGUUGGGUUCCCCUGCCCGGAGCUUCAGCAGGAUACGCUGCGCGUGACCGACUGCUCCAUAUCAUGGCCGUUUUCUAUCGAGCCUUUACUGCCUGGGAUGACGGGAUUGACCCCGGGAUUGAGCUCCGCGAUCUUGACGACGUUUCUGAGUUGGUUAAGCAGCGGAUGCGCACUUUUCGCAAGCUAGAACUGUCCCCUGCUGGUAGUGCAGCGGGCCACGUAUCUCUGUAUUGGGAUUUGAUGGAACACACGACCAAGAUCACCUUCUGGAUGAUCAUCCAUAUCUUUGCCGACCCUGCACUUCUCAAGGAUAUUCGCCGUGAGAUAGCACCCUACGUGAAAUCUUCCCGACCAAGCCGCCAGGAGACUGGAUUUCCAUUUGAGGAACCGCCCAAACUCGCACUGGAUCUUGAGAAGGUGCUCACAUUGUGUCCGCUAUUCAAGGCAUGUUACUAUGAGGCAAUGCGUCUACACUCGGCGGGCAUAUCAUUCAGGAAGAUGGAGACCGAUGUGACUCUCUCUGAGUCUACAGACGAAGCGGCGUACAACCUCACUGAACCUCGCACGUACCGGAUCCGAAAGGGCGAGAAGGCCAUUCUGUUCCAUGGCGUCCACCACCAUGAUUUCCGAUACUUCUCGAACCCGGACCAGUACGACCCACUCCGAUUUAUCGUAACCGAUUCCGCGUCAGGCGCAAAGCGGGCCGAUGCACGCACUCUUACUCCCUUCGCAGAUGGGCUUUACAGUUCAAAGAGCAACAGUUUUACCGAGAGAGCGACUUUGGCUUUUACUGCAGGCAUCGUGUCGAUGUGGGAAAUUAAAUCGACCAGCGGCAAGAGUCUUGCUGUCCCGGGCCACAAGACCACUUGGGGUGCUUUCCGGCCGGCGAAGGAUGUUCGAGUGAAGAUGAAGCUGGCUGUAUAA